AUGCCGAAGUCUAAGAAGCUUUUCAAGCUCAAUUGGGCAUCUUCUGAGCCCCGUGAAAAAAAGUUAGUCUCUAAGCCAAUUAUAGAGAAGAAAAGUAUGGGUAAGAGCACAUCAGGAGUGUCCUCCUCUUGGGCGGAUAAGGUUAGAGUGACAGAGGUUAGGUCCUAUUUCACCCUUGAAGUUGUGGACCUUGAUAAAUAUGACAUCUUACAUAUACCAAAUGAUGUUAUUGAUGACAAUGACGUUGAAUGGCUUCGCUUGGAAUAUGAGUGGACCCCCAAAAGGUGCCCUAACUGCUGUGUUUUUGGUCAUGUUUAUCACCAACCAGAGGUACCUACUGCAGCUAUAGCUCAGGGUAAGAGUAAGAUAGUUACUAGUUUCCAGAAGGCACCAGGGAAAGCUACUGCAGUGCAAUCCGAGAACUGCGAGCCUUUGAGGCAGUCAGCCACUAUUGAUCCCAUUAGGGAGAGGGAGCGGGAGAGGGAUGUUUUAGUGCCAUCUAGAGUUUCGGUUCCGAGGAGUUGGAAUAUUAGAGGCCUUAAUGGCUUCUCGAAACAACGCGUAGUGAGGAAUUGGAUUUCUGCCUCUUCUUUGGGUUUGAUUGGUUUGUUAGAGACUAAGGUUGAGCAGUCUCAUUUAUAUCUUCAUUGCUCUCUUCAAGAGAUUACUUGCAAGGUUACUCAUGUUUCUGAGGGGUUCUCCUUUGGGAUUACUUUUGUGUAUGGUUCUAAUGACCCUGGGAAUCGCCGCAAUCUGUGGGAUUUCCUUAGGGAUCAAUCAACAGAGUUUGAUUUGGAAGGGCUCCCGUGGCUUGUGUUGGGUGAUUUUAAUGCCAUCUUGGGAGCCUCUGACAGAGUGGGUGGUGAUCCUGCGUGGUAUGGUUAUAUGGAUGAUUUUGGCCAAUGUAUCCAUGAUGCUGAGUUGAUUGGGGUUCCUUUCAUUGGACUUCGGUAUACUUGGCAUAACAGUCAGCAGGGCGAUAGGAUUAUUUUACAAAAGCUCGAUUGGGCCUUUACAUCGCUUUCUUGGAUCCUUGAUCGAUCGAACACAGUUUCAGAGUUUCGACCUCGGGAUGUCUCAGAUCAUAGCUCUAUGGUUGUUCGGUUUGGUCCCCGCCGUGGCAAGGCAGUUUGGGACGAGCCUAUUGUAGGCAAUCCUAUGUUCCGUCUUACGCAGAAAUUGGGGUUAUUGAAAUGGAAGCUCAAAUCGUUACAUAUUAGGGUUUCCAGUCAUAUCUCCAGCAAGUGGUCUCGUGUUCAGUGGUUGAACUUAGAGGAUCAGAAUACCAAGUUCUUUCAUAAGUCGCUGAUCCAUAGGCAGGUUCGAAACUGCAUCCACAGUUUGACUGAUGGGAACGGUACCCAUAUUACUGAUAGUCAGGGUUUAGGGCCUUUGACGGUGGGUUUUUUUAAGGAUCUUCUUGCUGCCUUUAGUCAACCUCAGAUUACAGAGGCUUCUAUGUAUUUUUCUAGAUGCAUUUCUCCUGAUAUGAUUUCUCCCUUGACUGCUCCUAUCACUGAUGAUGAGAUUAGGAUUGCUUUAUUCUCUAUCCUGGAUGAUAAAGCCCUAGGCCUGGAUGGAUUCACAUCUUUGUUUUUUAAGUGGGCAUGGGAUAUUAUUGGUAUAGAUUUCAAAGAGGUAGUGAGACAUUUUUUUGCUACUAAUGAAAUGCCAAGAUGUGUUAAUGCUACCAAGAUUGCUUUGGUUCCUAAGGUGGAGAGCCCGAGUCAUAUGACAAACUUUAGGCCGAUAUCUUGUUGUAAUGUACUUUACAAGUGCAUUUCUAAGAUGAUUGUGAAUCGGUUUAAAGUAGUGCUUCUGGAUAUUAUUGGGGUUUCCUAG